CAUUUCUAAUCAAUAAUAUUUCCUUCUAAUAUUCAAACUUCACAGAUUUUUGAAUCAUGUAUUUGAAGUACUUAAAUUGUUAAAUGUCGUCCUCCUCCUAAAAUAAUGACCUAUGUAAUUUUUUUUUUUUUGCCAAAAGUGAUUUCUUAGGCUGUUGUUUUAGGAAGGUGACGAAGUGUUUCUUUGCUCUUCAGAUGAUUAAAAUUGUUACAGACCAGGAAGACCCAACAUUCAUUUAGAAAUUCAGGAUUUCUGAUGAAAUCUUUCUAACCCUUAACAAUUGUCAAAAAUUGUUCAAACCACAGUGUAGUUAGGAGAAAUGUGUGUGUCAGGAACAAUUUGUGAUUACCUUGAAGUCUGUGACUGUAAUGUGACAAAUGUAAAGGUAAGUGUCAAGGAGAGUGAAUAAUUUUCCAUGUUUAAUUAGAUAACCAAGUCUAAAACCUGUCCAGGUGAAACUCGGGGAUAUCAUGAUUAAAAAUAUCUAAAAUCUCACCACCAUCUAGAGACGUUUACCAAAAUUAACUCAAGUGAAUAUAUAUAAUGUUGAAACAAUGUGGCGAAUUAUUUCUUACACUUUAUUUCUAUCUCGCAGCAAAGGGGUUGUGAAUAAAAAAGGAUGACCUCCACAUUUUUAUUUAUUUAUUUAUUUUUUUUUACGUCACCUCAAACCAACAAACCAGUUGAAACUUCAACACAAUUCUGGCAACCAAACAUCAGUGAGAUUCACCAACUCCUCCAGGAGGAGCAGUUCAAUAUCCAGGCAGAUUUAUUCCAGGCUUUGAAUUGAUGGCUGCAAAAAAAUUAUAUAGUUUUUUUGUUUUUUUUUCUUCAAUUUGGUGCUUUUAGUAGGAGAUUAGUUCAGUCUAUGCAUGUAACUCACAGUAAAUUCAAACCUGUGUGCUAAAUUAUUCAAUAUUGGUAUUGAACACAGUCCAGAUAAAUCAUCAAGUUCCAAUACUUUCUACUUGAUAAUGCUAGAAAUAACUAUAUAAGUAAGGCAUGAAGUAUUCAUUACAUGGGAAAACUUAAAAUAUUAAAAAUGAUUUUUAAUGAAUUUUCUUUUUCCACUUUUAACUUGUUUCUUAAGUUAUAACAUUUCUAAUCUAAUUUAAAUGUUGCUAUAUUUUCUAAAAGUAACUGACUGGCUUCUCAUGAAAUCCUCUCAUUUUGUUUUUUUUUUUGGGGGGGGGGCGUUUAUCUGUUUGCAAUCGGAGACGAUCACAGCGCCUCAGCCAGAGCUGACAUCUCUCAUUUUGGAGGCCACGUGACGAGCAGACAGCUGGACUCGGGUCGCCGCGGCGCUCGCUGACAUCACUCGGACAUUGAGCGCCAGCGCCCAAGUCGUGUCGAUGUCAGCGGGGAGAGAAAGCCGCUUUGAGUCGUAUGGUUUCCUCUUUAAACUGUAGCCACCAACAACGUCGCUUGCAGCGUAACCACACCCCCCACUUGCAUGCACACAUGCACGCCCACCCCCAUACACACACACACACACCCAUACACACGCGUGCGCGGCUCAACUGGGGCCUUUUUUUAACGCCACAAAAGCAAGGAUGUAUGCGUUUGUAAGUGAGAGUGUGAUAAUAAUAAGAGGCUGCACAUGUUCUGCUCCACGAGGUCGUAACGAGGAAAUAAAAAUAUACAUAUUUUAAUGAUUGAAAUGAAUCAGAUCUUGUUUGCUUUGCACCUGUUCCUGUCUGAGAGCGACGCAGAGCGAGAGUCUGGGGGUGCAAGCCGCGCCUCCUCGCCCUGCCGUGCAUCAGGUGUCUGCAGCAGCAUGGAGUAUCAGCCUGCGAGCCGAGAAAGAGAAAGUCCUCCUUCGCCUACCGUGGUGUGCUCUCAGGCACUCCAUCAGAGCCCUCCCAGCCUCGGGCUUUGCACUUUUACUUCCACCCCCCCCCGUCUUCUUUUGUGGCCGUUCCCUCUUCUCAGAGGCACACCAAAAGAGAAAAUAAGGCGAAAGAGUGAGCAAAAAAAAAAAAAAAGAAUGACGAAGACUUUAACUUUGAACAUGCCUCUGUAAAGUUUCAAAAUGUUUGGAAGGAGAGGAACAUCGAGAAGCAGCUUUACUGAAGGAGCAACUCAAGUGAGGCAACAGGUGGCUGUGGGAUGUGUUCAUAGAGGAGAGAAGAGAUAAAAAAAACUGUAAAGUUGAGUAGUGAGUUCAUUUGGACCUUCUGGGUGUAUAAAAUGUAUGAAAUGCCAUAACUGAGAGCGGGGAGGCCGCAGUGUUAGGAUGUAGAUCUAAGCCUCUUUUUUUCUGGUUUGGAGGGAGCUUUUCUUAUUCAAAACAGCCCCACAAAAGACUUCCAGUGAGCUCUGCCACAUCCCCAUCUGACUUGGGGCCAUUCAUCAGCCUUCCAAGCCUAUCAAUGACAUGUCCCCAUCAGGGCUCCUAUAAAAUCAGCCCCUUUCCCAUGAAACAUCAGCAAACAUUUUGACGGGUCUGGCUUUCCCCCCGCUGGAUUUCUGGAGUCUCCUGCUCCCUUCUUUGCACCCACCGCCCCCCUCCAUCUCCCUCUCUCUUUCUCCCUCCCUCUCUCUCUCCCUCCUCCACCAACACCGCCCUUCUCCGGGCGAACCCCAGAGCCUCAACAUCUCCCGUGACGGGCAGUGGUCAGGGAGCCUUAGGACGAGCCGAGAGGAGAUCAUCGGAGGAGGGGGACAGAGAGCGUGCACUGAGCCAUUUUACUCGGAGGAGCCGGCGUCGUUGAUGGGAAGAGGAUGCACUGCGGGCUGCUGGAGGAGCCGGACAUGGAUUCCACAGAGAGCUGGAUCGAAAGGUGCCUCAAUGAGAGUGAGAGCAAGCGAUACUCCAGUCACACGUCUCUGGGGAACAUGUCCAACGACGAACAUGAGGAAAAGGAGAAUAACAGAGCGACUAAACCACAUUCAACACCAGCUACUCUGGAAUGGUUAGAGGAAAACUACGAAAUAGCAGAAGGUGUGUGCAUCCCCAGGAGUGCGCUCUACAUGCACUACCUUGACUUCAGCGAGAAGCACGACACGCAACCUGUGAACGCAGCGAGCUUUGGAAAGAUUAUAAGGCAGCAGUUCCCAGCACUGACAACCAGAAGACUGGGGACAAGAGGACAGUCCAAGUACCACUACUACGGGAUUGCUGUGAAGGAGACGUCCCCGUACUACGAUGUGAUGUACUCCAAAAAGGGGGCGGCGUGGGUGAACGAGACGGGGAAGAAAGAGGUCACGAAGCAGACAGUGGCGUAUUCACCGCGCUCCAAGCUGGGGACGCUUCUGCCAGAGUUUCCAAAUGUCAAAGACCUAAAUUUGCCUGCCAGCCUGCCAGAGGAGAGGGUGUCAACGUUCAUCAUGAUGUACAGAACUCACUGUCAGAGGAUACUGGACACGGUUAUCAGAGCCAAUUUUGACGAGGUCCAAAGUUUCCUGCUGCACUUCUGGCAGGGCAUGCCGCCCCACAUGCUCCCUGUCCUCGGCUCCCCCACUGUGGUCAACAUCGUCGGUGUUUGUGACUCCAUCCUCUACAAAGCCAUCUCCGGGGUGCUGAUGCCCACCGUCCUGCAAGCACUACCUGACAGCUUGACUCAGGUUAUUCGGAAAUUUGCCAAACAGCUUGAUGAGUGGCUUAAAAUAGCACUUCAUGACCUUCCUGAAAACCUGAGGAACAUCAAAUUUGAAUUGUCGAGGAGAUUCUCCCAGAUUUUGAAGCGGCAAACGUCAUUAAACCAUCUCUGUCAGGCAUCUCGGACCGUGAUAAACAGUGCCGACAUCACCUUCCAAAUGCUGGAGGACUGGAGGAACGUGGACCUGAACAGCAUCACCAAGCAGACACUUUACACCAUGGAGGACUCGCAGGAGGAGCACAGGCAGCUUAUUAUGCACUUGUAUCAGGAAUUUGACCGCCUGUUGGAAGAGCAGUCUCCAAUCGAGGCCUACAUCGAGUGGCUGGACUCCAUGGUGGACCGCUGUGUCGUCAAGGUGGCGGGGAAGAGGCCCGGCUCGCUGAAGAAGGUGGCCCAACAGUUCCUGCUGAUGUGGUCGUGUUUUGGUACCAGAGUCAUCCGGGACAUGACCCUGCACAGCGCGCCCAGCUUUGGGUCCUUCCACCUGAUCCACCUCAUGUUUGAUGAUUACGUUCUCUACCUGCUGGAGUCGCUGCACUUCCAGGAGAGGGCCAACGACCUGAUGAGGGCCAUGAAAGGGGAGGGGAGCACAGCAGAGCAAGAGGAAGAAUUCACGCUGACAGAAACCAGCCCCACCUCCCCAUCUCCGGGGUCCUACUCUCCCGCCCGCUCCGUCCAAUCGGUGGACGUCUCGUCGGCCAGCUCCCCCACUGCCGCCCUGUCCCCAGAGUACACAGGGGUCACCGCUUCCACAGGCGCUGUUCAGUCAUAUACCUGGUCCCUUACAUACACAGUGACCACAGCGGGCGGCUCCGCUCCGGAGGCUGGGCAGCAGCUGUCCUGCAUGAGGAGCAGCGCUCCCGUCCCGCCGCCGUCCUCCGCCCACAGGAUGCCGGUGUACGCCCACAGGGAGGAGCACUGGGUAAAUACCACCCUGGUAUACAGCGGUAGCUACAACUAUGGCAGCUACACCAACCAGCACCCCCACUCCAUCCAGAGCCAGUACCCGAGCCUGGCCCACGAGCCGGCCAUCCCCGCCCCACUUCACUACUCCGCCUACCACCGCUCCUCUGCACAGUACCAGCUCAACAGCCAGAUGCCCCGCAUGGAGCCGUGCCUGAUGGGCAGCACUCCUCGGUUGCACCCUGCGCCCAUCGCCCCCCGCUGGCCAGAUGUGUCUCCUGCUAACAGCUGUUACUCCAGCCCGCCUAUGCAUUCCUCUCGCUAUGCCACCUCUGGGGACAUGUACUCUCCUCUCGGCCCUCGCAGAAACUCAGAGUACGAACACUCUCAGCAUUUUCCAGGCUUUGCCUACAUCAACGGAGAGGCCACUACAGGCUGGGCCAAAUAGGGUUUGAUAACUCCUUACCUGAUAAACCGGCAGCUGCAGUCUCUGAACUCUCUCAAAGACAAAGAGGAAAGGGAAAGAAAUCGAGGCCGGACUGACAAGUUUGAAGAGGCGUGUUACAUCGGUCGCCCUGAUGAUUGUGGUGUCAUCCCGACCAGAUCUCCGAUUAAUCAUUUCCUCCAUCAAACACUUGAUGGAGGAAAACAAAUCAUAUUGAUUGUCUGAACCUGCAGCAAAAUCAUAUAAAGAGUGCAAUGCUGCUGCCAAGCUGUGCCUUUGUUUUAAGGAAUGUACACCUCAGCCAGAGUUGCCCUUGCUGCUCUCAGUGCUGUGUUUGGAUACCGGUGCAGCUGCAGGUUUUCCUGCAGGCGUUGCUCAGCACUGUUGCAGCAUCUCGUCGCGAUGAGCUGCACCGCCUUAACCAUCUCCUGGGACUCCAGGUCUGUGACUCUGAGCUGACAACCAUCACGUGUUUCCAUCUCAGAUAGUUAACUUAAACACAACACAUGUAUCCUGUCGCAAGCUUUUCUGCUGUUUUUCUGUGACUAUAUAUCUAUAAAGAUAGGUAUAUAUAUAUAUAUAAAUAUAUAUAUAUAUAUAAGUAUUUUCUGUAACUUUGUAACAUGGUGUAAUGCUAUAUUUUCUAUGUCGUCUCUGUUUUGUAUGGUUAGUAAAGGAUGCAUUAACUUAGGGUUGUGUGUUUUAUAAUGCACUCAAAGCUACGGAGGACCUAUUACCCUAUGGGUAUUUAUUAAAAAGGGAAAUAUCAAAGUGUACAGUAACAUGAAGUCACUUUUCUGUAAAUAAAAAGCACUGGAGAGCAUCUGUGGUGACAGUUAAAUUAUGUUGGAAAUAUUCCGCCCUCAUAAAUAAUUCAACAAUUCAAAA